AUGCUUUCCCACACCGUGCGCAUUGUUGUGCUGAUACUGCUCUGUGUGGCGAGCUCCAUUCCGCUGAGCCUGUUCUUUGGCUGGGUUCUGGCGCUGGCGCUGCUCGUAUGCAAGCGCAAGCCCAUCCCCAGUGUGCCCUGGGUGGACUCGCUCUUGAUUGGCUCCACCCACGUUCUUGGAGUGCUCCUGAUGAACAAGGCGCGGCCAAUGGUCGCCGACGGCAUCUAUCAGAUCUUCAAGCUCGCCAUCCUCGGAGUUGUGAUUCUGCUCCAGUACGGCUUCUUUGGAGUCUCGGUCAGCACCAAGGCGCUGGUGCCGCUGGUGGCCGUUACUGCCGGCGUGGCCAUGAUCACGGUCGACGACACCACGAGCGAAGGCAACGGCGUGAACUAUGGUGUCGCUGCCCUGUGUUUGACGGCUACCGCCCAGGUCCUUCUGUACCGCUUGCCCUCGAUGAAGAAGCUGAGCGCAACCGAGGCGCUGGCGGUAGUGUCGCCGCCAGCCUUUGUGGUGGCCCUUCUGGUCUCGCUCUGGAUGGACAUUUACCCACACUCGACCAACACCGUCCCGGGCAUCCACAACCCAAACUUUCUCGACGAGUUUAACCACGCCUCGCGCUCGAUGCUGUUUCUGUCGUGCGCAUUGGCUCCGUUUGCGAACCUGGCUUCCUUUGGACUGAUCCGAUACUCUGGACCAAUUGCAUACCAAGUCGUCGAGCACUUGCAAACCACCCUGAUAUUUUUCAUCGAAGGGUUCUUGCUCUUCCCGUCGACACAAUGGGGGUCGCUCACCAUCCUCGGGUACACCCUGAGCAUCCUCGGGAUCAUUCAGUACUCGUCCUUGGGCAUAGCAAAGCUCCCGGCCGCCCUGCCUAUCUACAAGUCCGAGCCCAGCAUCCCACAGGCCUGUCUGGAGAUCCUUGUCGUUGGCAACGAGCCAGCCGCCGAGCCUGAGACCAAAAAGUCUCCCUGACGUGGAAUUCUCGCGUGCUUCCCGCCGAAAAGCCAUCAGCCCCUCCGCCCACUGGCUUUCGGUGCCUCGGAGCUCUUUGGCUCUUGUUUGCUCUACUCUUUCUGUUUCUGAUCCACUCUGCUCUGCUCUGGCUUUGUGCUUUGUUUCCGGCCGCACUCGCUUCCCGUCCUUGAUCUUGGAACCCUGUGCGUUUGCAGCCCAAUCUCUCUCAUCCAUCUCCUAGGGGGAGUAACGAUAUCACCACCACCUCCUCCUCCCGUUGCAAAAUACAAAUACAAUCGCUCAGAUCGAGUUCUGACUUGGGCCUGCUGUGUACUCGCCGACCCGUCU